UUCCUGGCGCGCGCCUGCGCAGUGGAGCCCGACUCCUUUCCCCUCAGGCUGCCGGCCGGCCUUGCGAGGAAAUGGCGUUCGUGCUGCUGAACCGCUGCGGCCGGCCGGCGACGUCCCUGCCCCGGCGGCUGCGGAGGGACCCCCAGGCUGGACUCUUGGGAAAUUACGCUUGUCUUGACUGUACAUCCCUGAGAUUAAUAAAUUGCGCGCACGUUCACUUUAAACACAGCCCUAGUGUUUCCUCUGUUUUCUUUUCCUCUGCAAAAGACGGUUACAAUUGUUGGACUGAACCAAGGCCAUUUAUAGCACUGAGAUCACCUUACUUAUGGUCCCUUCCUGCUGGUAGGGGCAUCCAGGUGCCAUGUUAUUUUCCAGUGCGGCAGUGGCAUUCUUCGCAACCUCGAUACGAUGACUCAGUGCUCGAAAAGUCGCUCAAGUCUCUUAAGGACAAAAAUAAGAAGCUGGAAGAAGGAGGCCCUGUAUAUAGUCCGACAGUAGAAGACCACAUUGUUAAAAAAUCUCUUGGGCAGAGGGUUGUUGACGAACUGAAGCACUACUACCACGGGUUUCGAUUGUUGUGGAUCGAUACAAAAAUCGCUGCACGCAUGCUCUGGCAAAUUCUCCAUGGAAACACUUUGUCUCGUCGAGAACGGAGACAGUUCCUUCGGAUAUGCGCUGACCUCUUUCGACUGGUCCCUUUCCUAGUCUUUCUUGUCGUUCCAUUCAUGGAGUUCCUGCUUCCAGUAGCCUUAAAGCUGUUCCCUAAUAUGCUUCCUUCAACUUUUGAGACAAAGUCUAAGAAGGAAGAGAGACUGAAGAAGGAAUUAAGAGUGAAACUUGAAUUGGCUAAAUUUCUUCAGGACACUAUUGAAGAGAUGGCAUUAAAAAAUAAAGCAGCUAAAGGAAAUGUUACUAAGGACUUUUCAACCUUCUUUCAAAAGAUCAGAGAGACUGGUGAAAGACCAAGCAACGAAGAAAUUUUACGGUUCUCUAAACUAUUUGAAGAUGAGCUAACCCUCGACAAUCUCACAAGACCGCAGUUGGUGGCACUUUGCAAACUGCUAGAACUCCAGUCGAUCGGGACAAACAACUUUCUGCGCUUCCAACUGACAAUGAAGUUGAGAUCUAUAAAAGCGGAUGAUAAACUGAUUGCUGAGGAGGGAGUGGAUACCCUGACGGUUAAAGAGCUCCAAGCUGCAUGCCGGGCCAGAGGGAUGAGAGCGCUUGGUGUGACAGAAGAACGCUUGAAGGAGCAGCUUAAGCAGUGGCUGGACUUGCAUCUGAACCAGGAAAUCCCAACUUCGCUGCUUAUUUUAUCCAGAGCUAUGUAUCUUCCAGAUACACUUUCGCCAGAAGACCAACUUAAAACAACUCUGCAAAUACUGCCUGAAAGUGUGGCCAAAGAAGCACAAGUGAAAGCAGCAGAAGUGGAAGGAGAAAAAGUUGACAAUAAAACCAGACUGGAAGCGACCCUCCAGGAGGAAGAAGCUAUUAGGAAAGAAAACCAGGAAAAAGAGUUGGAAAGGAUGUCCGAAGCUGCUGAAAAGGCAAAAGAAAUCCUUCAGGUCGCUGCCAGGAAAGAGGUGGAGUCCGCAAUUGAUCUUAAUUCUGCGGCUGUACAUACGAAGAAAAGCCAGAUAGCUGUGGACGCUGGAGAAGAACUGGCAAAGGCAGAUUUAACCCUGGAUUCAGAGACAUUAAAAGACACAGCACCAGUGCUGGAAGGCAUUAAGGGUGAAGAAAUAACCAAAGAAGAGAUUGAUUUGCUGAGUGAUGCUUGCACAAAAUUGCAAGAGCAGAAGAAAUUGCUGACAAAAGAAAAGGAAGAACUUGAGGAGCUGAAGGAUGAUGUGCAGGAAUAUAAUGAGGAUUUGCAAGAAAUAAAGGAAUUGUCUAAGGAGGGACAAGAGGAAGUAGUAGAAGAGUCCAAAGCAAGCAAGAGGCUGACCAAGCGGGUGAACCGGAUGAUCGGGCAGAUGGACAAAAUUAUUCGGGAGCUGGAGACAGACCAAAAAGUGGUGGAUGGGCAGCUGGACAGUGGUGCUAGUCCUCCCAUUGGGUUGUGUUUCCCAUUUAGGGAGAACCUCAUCAGUAUCAAUGAGCUCAUUAGCGUGAUGAAACAGAUUCAGAAAAUUCCAGAAAGCAAACUGAACAGGCUUGCUGAAGCACUAGACGAAAACCAAGAUGGCAAAAUUGACAUAGAUGAUGUUGUGAAGGUAGUAGAGCUGAUUGACAAAGAAGACAUUGAUAUCUCAACCAGCCAAGUAGCAGAAAUAAUGUCUCUGUUGCAAAAGGAAGAAAAACUGGAAGAAAAAGAGAAGAUGAAAGAGAAGGCCGAGAAGGAAGCCGUAGAAGUGAAGAAUUAGUCUCACUCCGAUUCUGAACUUAGAACCGAAUGGAAUAUUUGUCCAGCAACUGCCAUUUGAUAAAUGAUGGGAUACUCUAUUGAUUGGAGAGGCAGACUGAAAGGUUUCACCGUGAUCAGUCACGAGCAGUUAUCAUUCCAUGGAGACGAAGAGUUUAGCCUUGGGUGUUCUAGCUUAUGACUCCUUCUGGAGUCCUGUGUCCUCUGUGCUGUGGUGAUACAGGACGCUCGGUAGUCCCCAAAUCAUGCUAGAAACCAAGAAUAUAUCACAAAUGAAAACAGCUCUCUUCCUUGAAUCAUGCAAAAAGCCAGUGCCUUCCUUUUUAAGAAUCUUUCACUGGCAGGAAGACAGUCCUCCUUACUUGGCAGAAAAAGUCUGUAUAGCCCUGGUAACAGGUCAGAAGCCAUUGAGAAACAAUUCUUGUCUGCAUUUUUACCUGUUACAUUUCUAAAAGAUCUUUUAACCAGACCACACCAACACCAUACUUUAGUUCUAAAAGCACUUUGGGUACUUUGUUACUGUGUACAAUUCAGGCUGUUGACAUUUCAAGAACCACACAGUAUCCAGAGACUCCUCCCCCCCCUCCACAUUCCCAUGCCCAGCUUUGCCAAUUUCAGAAGUUCGAGAGCCCUGAAGGCUCACUAGGGAGGGGAAAUCUUCCCCACCCUACUGGCCCUCUUGCCGGUGCUGAUUCUGCUGUGCCCCCUUUUCCCCUUCUGCCCCCUCCUUGCACCAAUGGCUCUGGCUGCAGCUCCCUAACAGCCUUAUUCACUGCCUCCCUUUAUUCGUUUGCUCCAUCUCCAGUUCCUUCUUUCUUCUCCAUCCUGUCUUGCUUCCUCUUUAUAUCUCUGCUGGUAUUUUGAAUGAUUCUUGAGGGACGAUGAGUAUUUUUUUUGGGGGGGGGGGGGUGACCUUGGCAACCCAAAAUGGCUGCCAAGAUCUUGGUGACCAUUUAAGAUCGCCUAGCCACCACACAAAACCAUUGCCGAGUUCCCAGUCAUCCUUAGAAGUUUCUGAAUGGCUGAUACCAUGCAUAUUGGUUUUCCUGGGUUUUAUAAAUCUCUUAAUCUCAUUCUGUAAAUUCUACAGAAGUCUGUAGCUGCCUAGGCAAAUCUAAAAAUGGUGGCCAAGGUAGCUCAAAGUAGUUUCAUGAAAUUUCAACCACCAUUUAUUCUUCUUUUUUUGGGGGGGGGGGGGGGUUGCAUUUAAUCCCUAUCCCUUUUGCCUCCCCCCUACCCGAACUUUCUGAUAUUUCUGCAAACCUGGAAAUUCCCCCAGUUUACAGACAUUUUUACCGUAGCCCUUCAUGACCUCUCUUUGCAGACUGUUUCAUCUGCAUAGCUGCAAGAAGCAGAUACCAGAGAGGAGUCGGGUCUGUAGGGUGAGAGAAGCGGGCAGUUGAAAGAUUCUUCACAUUUCUUCCCCUGUGCUCCUACCAGAGCGCCCCCCCCAAGUGAACAAAGCCAGUGGCUCACUGUGCUUUAGUUCUCCCCAGCCAUCCUCCUCCUUGCUUCCGGUCCCUUGAAAAGAGGGAUCCCACCUCAACUUGGGGCACUUUAAAAUACUCAGUCCCUCUCACAGUUCCAGCGGCAGCAGCUGUCCCCCUCCUACAUUCUUUCUUCUGCAGCCUCGUUCUUGCUCCUCCCCCCCCCCGAAAAGUAACUCCUUGCAGGGGUGGUGCAUCAAUAUAGGGAGUGGGGGAGGGGCUUUAAAGCUUGGAGGUUUGACUGAGGCAUAACCAGAGCUCUUUUGGGAAUGACUUUUUCCUGUCCAAAAUGAAAGAUUCCAUUAGGAUUCCCCAAGGACCGAACUGUGCAAAAGUAAACUGCUUUUUUGUAGUGCCGAAACAGAGGAAACAAACCUAUAAGUGUUUUUACAUCUCCAUCUCUUCCCCCCCCCCCUCCCGGUAAUUAUACAUAAAGUAACCGGAAAAAAUCAAGUAUAGUUUGAUUGUUAUUAACUUGAGAUUAUGGAAGCAAAAUUUUUGUUCUCUCUGAACACUGCUUGUAAUAUAACAGAUGUUUCUAACUGCUUGCUUUUGAUUUCUUGUAUGAAGUGACUAACCCAGUAAAUCAGGACUAUCAUGCUAAAACUGGUUUUCUCAUUGCCUUGGUUGUUGCAGGCUCAGUAAAAAGUUGGCAAAGCUAAUAAGUAGAUGGCUUGUUCUUGUGUUCUCUUUGACCCUUUCUUUAAAAUAAGCUGUUCUGUCAUUUAACAGUAGCCACUGAGCUGGAUAUUAACACAGAUUUGGUAAUCAGACCUUCCAAUCAUUAAUUUUCUUUCCCUCUUAAAACUUGGCCCAGAGCAAGGAUCCCCAACUUGGUGUCUGUGGGCACCAUAGCACCUUGCUGACACCGUUCCCGGUGCCCACUAAGUGCUUGUAGAAAGUGGGCAGGGUCAGGUGGAAGUUUUUGCCCAGUAAGGCUUCUGAUUGGCCAUUGGAGAGUUGAUUGGCUGUCCGGGUUUUAAAAGUGUUGUUUUGGCUGCAGCUGCCACCACGGCACAAGAACAUUUACUGUGUGACUAGAGGUAAGCUGCGGCAGCCAUUUUGGGGCUGGCUGCACCUCCUAUAGCAGCUAUUUUGUGGAAGUGCCCACCACACUACCAGAAUUCUGAAGUUUGCCUGCUGGCUCAAAAAGAUUGGGGAUCAUUGGUUUGGAAUAAUACUUAGAUGAAAUAGUUUACUUUUUGCAUAGACAGACCACCUGUCCAGAUUUUAAAAUAUUGAACUGCUCGUGAUUUUGUGCCAGUGGGGGAAAUGCUUUGUUGUAGGAAUCUCAGGCCUGAUUCAGUGUAACUAGAAGGUAUGUAGCUGAAUUUGGAUCUAAAAUGAAAACUUCAGAGUUGCAGAACAAGCUGCUGUUCUUUUGUCAUGCCUUCUGGCUUUCUCUGUGCUCCUUGGCAACACGUGGCCGAUGAGCAAAAAGAGUUCAUGUGUGAUCUGGUCUGCUAAAAACUGGCUCAGAGGACACUACACCCAAUGGGUCAGCAUGAGGUGAUGCUUGUAAACAUUCGUACAGGUGUAAUUUGUGAGUGUACACCUUCCGUUCUGCAUUCUCACGGAAUGGUGCAAAGGAAGUUUCCAUUUGGGAUCUGGUGACAAACUAGAUCUGGAAUUUUGACUAUCCAUAUCCAUAUCAUCUGCUAAAUCAUUCCAUGCACAGUGAGACAUCAAAGCAGCUAUAAAGCAGUGGUCUUGAGAGAGCAGAAUUCUUGAGUGGGUUGGGGCGAACUCUCUUGUGCUUGAUUUAGAAUUAGCAGGUUGCUGUUAAUGAGCUGACUGGGAAAAUGCUCAGGGAACAAAACUCACCUUUUCUUCCAGUAGUUCUGAAUGCAUAAGCCAUGGUCACAGCAGAUACACGCACUCAGUAAUUAUAGUAAAGGAACAUUUUCUUCCAGUAAGUUUUUCUUAAAUUAUAUAUUUUAACUUUUGUCUCUGUUGUGCAUGGGUGCAAAAAUGUACAGAAUAAAAUUGCAUUCUUUUUAGUUUGAACUUUAGUUUAAAAACCAUUUUUUUUAAAUCUACUAAUUUUCCCUUCCGUUUAUGUUGUGUUUUACCCUUCAGCAUGUGCUGCAAUACCAAAGGAAAAAUAUUUAAGGAAUUUUUUAAAAAUCCUGUUUCCCUUGAAGGGAAUCUAUUUUAAAAGUAUGCUUUUUAAAAUAGAUGCCAUUCAUCUAUUGCAAAACAUUUUCCUAUGGGAAAUGGUGUGUGUGGGGGGGUGUUAAAGAAGGUAGCACGCAGUUGUACCCCUGUUGUCCCAACACAGAAUGAGUAAGAGUGAAAAGAGCCCUGUUGAGUAGUUCAGUGGCUAGCUCUCUGAUCAAUUUCAGGUUCCCAAGUGAGGUGGUUUUGCAAUACGUGUUCCUCUCUAGACUUGGUUUUCCAGCAUGAGCUAAGAAGAACUUUUAUGCUCUCUUGCAUAACAAAUGCCUGCGUUUUCAGGGGGUCACAGCGGUGCUUUGAGGGCUCAGUCCUCCUCAGCUAUUUUCAGUUGCACAGACUGAAAGGGGGCAGAAAUCUGGUGUCAUUCUCAGUGUCUCAAAUUCCCAUGCUGGCUAUAGCUUGCAUCCUCCUUUGGGAUGAGAAAGAGCCCUGUAGGGUUUUCAAGGCAAGUGACAAACAGAAGUGGAUUGCCAUUCCUUGCUUCUGUGGAGGGGCUCUGAACUUCCCCGGUGAUCUCCCAACCCAGUACUAACCACGGACGACGCUGCUUAGCUUCUGAGAUCUGACAAGACCAGGCUAUCAGGACAGAUGGCAACCAGGCAAUCUUAAAUGGGGCAAGCCUCUUAAACCAGAGGCUGGCAGUGAGAAGACCUUAAGGCGAGCCCAGGGGAAUGUUGGGAUAAGUGGUCCUUCAUAAAUGUGUCCUAUGCCAGAAAGGGCUGUAAAUUUCCUAACUAGCACCUUGAAUGGAACUCGGAAGCAAAGCAGCAGCCAAUGUUCCAAACUAGCCAAGAUGUGUUUCCAUUAACUUACACUUGACAUAUUGCCACAUUCUAGACCAGUUGCAAUUUCUGGGGUGUUCUUAUGAUCGAUCACUUUACUGAGGAUAACCUUGAGGGACCCUAGAAUUUCCUAGAAUGCAUUUCACCACUGCACUAUGGGAUAGGAUUGAGAUGAAGGAGACCGGUGCCACAUCAAUAAAAAGGUGCUAAAGACCACAUCAAACCUUCGCUUAUAGCAUCUCUUGGGCUGUCUGGGUUAAGCGGGGCUGGGAAUGGAAGACUGCCUUGGAUCUUUCCGCAGCGAAAUCAUGUUGGAAACAAAGUAGAUAAGCGAUCUCUAAUAUUCGAUGCAAAAAAUCUCUACAGAAAGAUCUAAAGCUCAUGACUGCAUAUCCAUAGACUGAUUGAAAGUUAUUAUUUCUUUUCAAAUAUCCGUUGCAGUUACUCAGGAUGUACUUGUACAUAGGCGUAAUGAGCUGAGGAGGCCUUGGACUAGCAAAGAAACCCAAGGCAAUCCGGGUGCAUUUUGGUUGGGUUUCAUGACGACGCACAUUGUGAUUACUUUUUUCCGCGAGAGAUUUAUUCCCUCUUGAUAAAAGACUUGCAAUGCUGGGAAUUGUGGAACAUGAAUUAUGUAUAUAUAUCAUAUAAAUAAAUGUAACUAUAUUCACUUGUCUGUGUAGUAAUGUGUACAAGGUUUUGACCAGCUUUUAAAGUUCAAGAAUUUUGGAAAAUCAAUAACUGAAAGGGGCUGCUCUUGUUGGGCUGUUAUUUUUAAAUUGGGAGUUGUGAGCAAGAUACAUAUGGCAAUGUCACUCCAGUAUGAUGAGCUAGGGAUAUUGAUGUAUAACGUGCAAUAAUUAAAGCUGGCUAAGCGUU